AUGACUUACCUGUGGCCAAUCUUGCUACUCCCCGCCGCCCUAGCAAUCCCCCCUCCAGUCCCCAACGGCUCCAUAUCCAGCUCCGCGACGACUUCGCAUCCCACCUACAUCACGACGACGACGACGACCGAACUGACGACCGUCGUGGCGGGGACAGUCCUCGUCACGUCCGUCGUCACCGUCGAGCCCUGCCUGAGCACCACCCUCGGUCUGCCCAGCCAGGACCACAACAGCGCCCAGCAUAGUUCUAGCGAGGGUGGUGAGCAUGGGUUCGACUUUGGGUACGUCGUCGUCGGCGGCGCCGGCGGCGGUGUCGAUAGCAACGAGCGACCCCCUGGCGAUCCAUGGGACGGGAAGCACCGCAGGUGGGAUCAGCUCUACCUCUACACAGGACCCGCUAGCCGUCGGUCCGUCGGGGAGCCUCCCGGGGAGCAUCACUUCAUCAUCAUCAGCGACCAACUCGCAAGACCAUCUGGCCAUCAGCACGCCGUCUUCCGUGAUCGGAAUCAGCAGCUCAGCAACAUCCCCCAGGAGCUCAACGACUUCCGUACACGGACCGGGUCCUUUUGCGGGCCAUCUGCCAACUGGACAUACGCAUCACCGGUGCAGCCGUCAGCCACGCCGCUGUCCACCGUCACGCCUUGCAUGCAAAACAAGACCGACGCGGGGCUUCAGGCGUGCAGGCUCGCGCUGGGCACAACCUGCGACCGGUCGUCGAACGAGUACCCAACGUGCGUCAACGGCCAGUGCGCGUGCCAGGCGGUCGAGUGCGCCAGCGACGGUGAGUGUGUUGGCUUUCGCCAGUGCUUUGCGGACGAGACAGCGUCGUGCAAGUUUAGCAACAGUAGCAGCAGCAGCAGCAGUAGCAACGCUACCUCCGCGUCUGCGUCCUCGUCCGUCUCCUCCUCCUCAGUCACCAUCGCCGCCACCAGCAGGAGCAUCAUGAACAUCACGAGCGCCAUCAUCGCCGCCGGUGGCCCCGGCAAGGCAAUGACGACGAGCUCUUCCCGCGGGGUGUGCCAGUGCCAGCCCAAAGGCGGCGGCUGCCUCGUCAAGCGAGACCCAGAUCGUUACUGCGCCGAGCACGCACCUUGCAGCGACCCGAGCGUCAACGGGGCGUUUCCUGCGCACGCGCAAUGUGUCAUGCAAGACGCGUUCGGGUUCUACUUGUUCGGGCGGUGCAAGUGUCAGACGGUCGACUGUCCCUGGGCCUGGCCUGCGGUCCCGGACAACGCGCGCAAGAACCGCGACUCGUGCGCGAAGCUCAUCCUGUGCAAGGACGACGAGGCGCCGACGACGCCAAUCUUCGUGCUUGCGGCCCUCCUUGUGCCCCUCUCUGCGGCCAACAUCUGCAAGUCGAGGUGGUGCCAUGUCGAGAGCCGCCAUCACCACCACGACCGCACCUACCACUCCAUCGACGGCACCAAACUGUCGAAUCUGGCUGCACAGAUCAUCGGCGCGUCAUGGGGGGACGACAAGACGUUCAAGUCCGGCGAGCACAUCGCCUGUGGGAUGUAUGCCGCCGGCCCGACUGGGUUCUGCUUCUUCGCCGAAAACUUGAAGAAUGGCAACAUCACUGGCGCAGAAGUCAAGGCCCUGACAACACAAAUUUUCGACGCCGGGUGCCACGGGUGUGCGGCCGUGGGCCUUCAGGAUAAUGAUUCGGGCGUGGACGGGUACCUCAAGGUGGACAAAGUCGGAAACGUCCACGGCUGCAAGGGCCUCUGCUAG